GAAUACCAGCUCUUCGAGUUUUUCGCGGGGAACGCCAACCUGAGCAAGUGCGCCAGGGCCAGUGGGCUGACAACGGCAUCGUUUGAUAUCCUUUUCGAUGCUCAGAAACCUGGUCGCUCAUAUGGUUCCAACAGCAUGGACAUCCUGUCAGCUGUGCCUGCAUUCUUUGCUGUGCUCCGCGGAAGAGAGUACGAAUCCGUGUACACCAGCAACACCAUGGCUGGCCGGCUAUGUUUACUCCUGAUUGUGGUGACGGCCCUGGGUGGAGCAUGGUUUGUGGAACAGCCCGAGCAAUCAGUUCUGGAAUACUUUCCACCGUUCCAAUCCCUACUUGCCCAAAUAUUCGAAGCCAACCGUGGGACUGCAGUAUUCCGUGCCAAGUGGUACAUGGCCCACUACGGAGGCUUGAGUGCCAAGCCGCACUACGCUUGGGGCAACAGUCCCCAUUUGUCACGCCUCUGCCUUGGUCCGCUUCUGGGGCGGCGUGCAAAGCAACCGUAUGAGGGGCCCCUGAAGGUGAAAACCUGCAAGACCUAUAAAAACAAAAAGGGAGAGACCUGCUAUACUGGAAACAGUAACCUUCGCAAGUCAGAGCAAUAUCCUGUACGGUUUGGCUUCAAGAUUGUUGAUCUCUAUUCCGAUCUUGUGUCGUCAGCGUUGGGAAAAACACCUGUGCCCAAAGUGACUCCGAAAGCCACCGAGUCGUAUGAGGGAAUGCCAGAUGAAAUCGGCGCCCUAGACUAUGCCCAGGUAAUUAACGUAUUCAAUUAUCUCCGUCAGGGAAAAGACCUGAUCAUCCCAAAUCAAUGGUCGCAUUUGGUUCCAAAGCCUUUGCUUUGA